AUGUCAGUAAUCCAUCUUAUCAAUCAUCCCUUGGAGAUAUCCGUGGGUGCCUUGCUUUUCAGUAUCGUCAGCUACGUCCUUUACCAACGAUAUUUCCACCCUCUCGCCAAAUAUCCAGGACCGUUCCUUGCCUCGCUCACCGAUUUAUGGCAAGUCCAUCAAUUCAUGACCCUGAAACAACCAUACCAUUUGACAAAGCUUCACGAAAAACAUGGCUCUAUCGUUCGCUAUGGUCCCGAUAAGUUGAGCAUCACUGACGAAGAAGCUGUCAAAUUGAUAUAUCAAAGCGGAGCAAAGUUCAUGCCAAAGACUGAGUUUUACGAUGCCUAUGGAGCAGCCCACCCGAACAUCUUCGGCAUGCGUGAUGAAUCCGCUCAUUCCAUUCGGCGUCGCCACAUGAGUCACUCGUUCUCGAUCAGCUAUGUCAAAGAGAUGGAGCAAUACCUCGAUGCAAACAUCAAAAUCCUCCGUGGAAAAAUAUCCGAGUUCGCGUCAACCAACCAGACGUUUGACCUCAAGAAAGCUUUACAUUAUUAUGUCAUCGAUACGCUUGGCGAGCUGGCUUUUAGCCAGACUUUUGGCAUUCAAGUAUCUAAUGACGAGUCCCGUGUCCCACCCGUCAUUGAGCAUAGCCUUCUAGCCGCAGUGACUGGUGCUUGGCCAAUGAUGACCGCGCGACUGAAGAUAUGGCUACCACUUGUGCCCCACAAAGGUCUGAAUGCCUUGUUCGAAGGCCGAAAAACUUGCGCAGAUCUAGCCUCACGUUGUGUUAACGUCCGGUUGAACGUGUUGAGAAACUCUAGCGACAGUAAAACCAGUGGACCUGAGCGGAAAGAUAUUCUUACAAACCUUAUCAAUGCGAAGCACCCUGAUACAGGCAAGCAUUUGACACAAACUGAUCUUGAAACAGAGGCAUUUGGAUUCAUUAUCGCUGGAACUCAUACUACUAGUGCCACUACAACCCUUCUUUUCCAUCACCUCCUUCAUCAUCCUGAUCUGAUGGCAAAGUGUGUCGCAGAGAUCGACACGAAUCUCCCACCCUUGCAAAAAGAGGAAAGUGCUUAUGCUGUGACGGCGGCUGAAAGCUCCCUACCAUAUUUGAGAAACUGCAUGAAGGAGAACUUUCGAGUCACUCCUGUCUUCACAAUGCCUCUAGCAAGACGAGUAAUGAAGCCAGAGGGUGUCGUUAUCGCUGGCAACCAUAUACCAUACGGAACAUCAAUUGCCGUAUGCAACCAUGCCUUCCACCACAACCCCGAGGUGUUUGGUGUCGAUCAUAAUACCUUCAAUCCAGCACGAUGGGAUGACCCUGAAAUUGCAAACAAAUCUAAACUCCUGAUGCAUUUCGGGCUGGGGGGCCGACAGUGUAUCGGAAAAACAGUGGCUAUGACAAACAUUUACAAGCUGAUGAGCACUCUCUUGAGUGAAUUUGAAUUUGAAUUGGCGGAUGAGAAAGAAAGAGGCAGCUCGACUAUAGAAGGUGCUUCGACUGAUAUCCCGGAAUUGAUUAGUGUGGGAAUCAGUGAUCUCGCCAGUCCUUUGAUGGUGAAAGCCUCGAAGCGAAAAAGAGUCAUUCCUUGA